CGAUAGCAUGUUGAUAUAUAAAAAGAAAUCAUUGAAUCUACGUCCAGUUCUGUUUACAUUCGCGCAUGGUCGCCCGCAUGACCAUGACUUUGAAAUAUAUUUUAGUUUUGAUAGCUCUGACCGGUGCAAAUGUCAACUGCAAAUCAACAUACAAAAUAUGCGUGCCGUCGGAGUACAUGACGGCAUGCGAGGAGAUGCUCCAAGUGGACACGAAGAGCAAGGCUGCAUUGGAAUGUAUCCCGGCAAGAGACAGGGUGGAAUGCUUAACGUUCGUGCAGCAGCGACAGGCAGACCUGGUGCCUGUAGACCCUGAGGAUAUGUACGUGGCAUCCAAGAUUCCCAACCAGGACUUCGUGGUCUUCCAGGAGUACAGGACUGAUGAGGAGCCUGAUGCGGAAUUCCGUUAUGAAGCGGUCAUAGUUAUACACAAGGAUCUCCCCAUCAACAACCUGGACCAGCUCAAGGGUUUGAAGUCUUGUCAUACCGGCGUCAACAGAAAUGUUGGUUACAAAAUCCCGUUGACAAUGCUGAUGAAGCGAUCUGUCUUCCCCAAGAUGACGGACAGAACUAUCUCCCCAAAGGAGAACGAACUUCGUGCGUUAUCCACCUUCUUCAAGAAAUCCUGUAUUGUUGGAACAUGGUCGCCGGAUCCAAAGACUACCUCAGCUUGGAAGGCGCAAUACAGUCAGCUGUGUGCAUUGUGCGAGCAUCCAGAUAUAUGCGACUAUCCGGACAAUUACAGCGGUUAUGAUGGCGCUUUGCGGUGCCUGGCCCACAACGGCGGUGAGGUGGCCUUCACCAAGGUCAUAUAUACCCGCAAGUUCUUCGGGUUGCCAGUUGGAACUACCCCUGCUAGCCAAUCACCAGAGAACCCUGACGAAUACGCGUAUCUUUGCGUGGACGGGUCUAAGGUACCGGUCAGACAGAAGGCUUGUUCGUGGGCGGCUAGACCUUGGCAAGGAUUGUUGGGGCAUAAUGACGUGUUGGCUAAACUAUCGCCUUUGAGGGAGAAGAUAAAGCAACUCGCCAAUGCUGGAGCUGAACUUAAACCAUUGCCGGAGUGGUUCACGAAAGUGCUAGGCUUAUCCGAAAGGAUCCACUACGUAGCUGACAACAUCCCCAUCAAACCUGCCGACUAUUUGAGCAAGGCCAACUACACCGAGGUCAUCGAGAGAGGACACGGCCCGCCAGAACCAGUUGUAAGGUUGUGCGUAACUUCCAACGUAGAGUUAGCCAAAUGCCGGGCAAUGUCAGUGUUCGCAUUCAGUCGGGAUAUUCGACCCAAGCUCGACUGCGUCCAAGAAUCAUCAGAAGCUGCCUGCCUUAAAGUUGUUCAAGACAACGGUGCAGAUUUAGCAGCCGUAGAUGGUCUGCGAGUAGCAUCGGCCUCCAAGCAAUACAACCUUCACCCAGUCUUCCACGAAGUGUACGGUUCAACAAAAACGCCCAACUACGCCGUGGCAGUUGUUAAGAAAAACACUCCAUUCAAUAAUGUCGAGGACUUGAGGGGAAAACGGUCCUGUCACAGCUCGUACAGUAAUUUCGGCGGCUUUGCGGCGCCGCUGUAUUACCUCAUCAACAAGCAGAAGAUCUCCUCAGACCAGUGCGUGAAGAACUUCGGAGACUUCUUCUCAGGCUCGUGUGUGCCUGGAGUUGACAAGCCAGAGAAUAAUCCAAGAGGUGAUGACGUCUCCAAAUUGAAGAAACAAUGCUCAAGCGACAACAAACCUUGGGUGUGUCUCCAAGAGGACCGAGCUGAUGUCGCCUUCGUAUUAAGUGCCGAUUUAUCCAACUUCGACGCAUCUCAGUACGAGCUUCUCUGCCUCAAUAGAGAGUCCGGUGGCCGCGACAGUCUGGCCAACUUUGAAACAUGCAACAUAGCUCUGGCGCCCACGAGGACUUGGUUAUCAGCUAAGGACUUCCUGUCUGACGUAUCCAUAGCCCACACUCCAUUGAGCUUGGCUGAAUUACUCAAUGAUAAAACUGACCUGUUCAAUAUUUAUGGGGAGUUCUUCAAGAAUAACAAUGUUAUCUUCAAUAACAAUGCAAAGGGUUUGGCAACUACAGAGAAAAUAGACUUCGAAAAAUUCAAAAAUAUCCAUGAUGUUCUGAAUGCUUGUGGAGUUGUCUAAUUUAUAUUUAAUUAAGCCAAUGUUAACUAUUUCAUAGAGUAAAAAGAGACUGUAAAAUAAAAUCUCAUUAUCAACACAAAAUCA